CGACAAUCGAUAAACGGUCAGAGUAGCAAAAGUAAAGUAAAUCAAGCAGUUCACGACAGCGUUCUCUGUCCCGUUUCUUGCUCGACAACACUCCUUUCGACCACCCACUCCAAGAGAACUGUGUUAGAACGUAGCGUCACGUCGCAACACUUUUCACCAUGGUCAGAAUCGAGACUUGCUACUUUUGUAGCCGACCCGCCUAUCCCAGCAAGGGAAUCACCUUCAUUCGAAAUGAUGCCAAGCAGUUUCGUUUCUGCCGGUCCAAGUGCCACAAGAACUUCAAGAUGAAGCGUAACCCGCGCAAGCUUGCCUGGACCAAGGCAUUCCGCCGUGCUGCUGGCAAAGAGAUGACCGUCGACUCGACCCUCCAAUUCGCACAGCGCCGCAACGUGCCAGUUCGAUACAACCGGGAUUUGGUUCAGAAGACUCUCAAGGCCAUGGAGCGCAUCCAGGAAAUCAGAAGCAAGCGCGAGAGAGUAUUCUACCGCAGACGUAUGGCAGGCAAGCGUGCCAGAGAAUUGGCCGACGCCCGCAAGCUCGUCCAGACCCACAGCCACUUGCUACCCAGACUCCGUGGAAGCGAGAAGAGGAGAUUGGCACUGGAACAAGGUCUGUCCCAGGAGGAGAUCAACAGACUCGAGGAGCAGCAGGUCCUGCCGUCGGCCACCAACAAGUUGUUCGGCAAGGAGAAGAUCCGCCAGAAGGUCAGAGUGGACGGUGGUGUCGAGUUCGCACCCGAGGGCGACAUGGAGAUGGAUUCCGAGUAGGAAGUCGCGACGACAUAUUACAACGGAUCGCGGACAUCAAGGGUUGCUUAAUCACGAAAUACUCGAGGUUGAUGAGUACGGCGUUCCAUGGACCUGCUUUUGGUUUUCGGCAUCUUCUGGCGUUUGGGAUCACGUAGAUAUCUGGAAAAGUGCAUUCAUCUAUGAUACACUGCCUUAAGAGAAGGCAUGUUUGUGGGCUGUCUUGAAUUUUAAGAGUGUGACAUCUUGCUUGUGCAAAAUGUGAUAUCCUUUGAGCGUCGCAAAUAUGAUACCAAUGCGCUACUCUGGCAGGCACGAAGCGACCCGUGGCCUUGGGAACGACAUUUCACUAAUGGGAUUUUAUAUCCAAUAAUGAAAAGCGGUCUACGAGCAGCUCUGUAUGUAGGCGGGAUACAGACAGUCAGCUAGAUGCCAUCCCAACUGCCCCUAUCCGGCCAUAUUGAGCGUUCGGAUACAAAUUCGCUGGGGAUUGGG